AUGACUAAUCGUCCAACUCUAGCACAAAUUGAAACCUUAGUUGAAUUUUUAGAACAAAACGUCGGAAUUGCGAAAGGUCUGCUACGGACAAAUCAAGCAAAAAUGGAAAUAAAGAGGCAAUGGGCAUCUGUAGCUAUAACUUUAAAUUCAUUGGGAGGAGCAAACAAAGAUGGGCAAGGUUGGGCUAAAUAUUGGGCAGAGAAGAAAUGUGCCUUGAAAAAAUUGUGUGCUCAGCACAGCAAUUCCAUGAGACGCACUGGUGGUGGUUCUGCUGAUGACCUGCCCAUGUUAUCAGUCCCUGCGGCUUCACCAGCAGAAAAUGUAAAUUUAGGUUUAGAAAAUCAAGCAGCGGUGAUAGGAAGUUGUACUUCCCCUAUUCCUGGCACCUCCCAGGAUACACUACAAUCACCUCCGCGUAAAAAAUCAAAACUUAAAUCCAUGCCACAUGUCAGGCAAUGUCGUUCUGUCACAAGAAAUAAUAAAGACAUGGAACGGCUAGUACAAAUUGAGGAGCAGCGUGUCAGGGCAGAAAAUAUAACCGCACAAGCUUUUGCAGAUGUUUCUGCUGCAUUAGAUCGUAAUGCUGUUGCUGUUGAAAAUAUAGGCAGAGCUUUGGAGGGUUUAUCUGCUGUCAUUAACAAUGCUAUUAUAGAAUUUGCAAAAAAAUGCAAUGACAACAAAUAG